AUGGGGGGCCAGGCUCGAUCGGACAAUGAAUUGCAGCGGGCGGAGGUCGAGGAGGUGCGGUCACAGCCUUCUGCGCCCGACAACGAAAAAGUCCCCAUCCAGCGGACUAACUCACGAGCGCCCUACUCAGUGCACUCCAAAUCUGUUAAGCGGUUGUUGGUGAUCGCCGCGUCAGCCACGGCCAUCUUCUCGCCUAUAUCAGCCCAGAUCUACCUGCCCGCGCUGAUCCCCAUCGCCAAGAGCCUUCACGUCAGCGCGACCAAGGUAAAUCUGACCAUCACCGCCUACAUGGUCUUCCAAGGCAUCACGCCCAUGUUUGUUGGCUCACUAGCCGACGCGGGAGGCCGUAGACCGGCAUACAUUGUGUGCUUCGUCAUUUACCUUGCCGCCAAUAUUGGGCUGGCGCUGGCCCCCAACUACGGCGCCGUACUCGUCCUACGAUGUCUCCAAUCUGCCGGGUCUAGCAGUACUGUUGCGCUGUGCACUGCCGUCGUGGCAGACGUGGUGACGUCUGCGGAAAGAGGACAGUAUGUCGGCUUUACCAUUAUUCCCUCCGUCCUGGCUCCUUCGUUGGGCCCCGUUCUGGGAGGUGUACUAUCGCAAUACCUGGGGUGGCGAUCGAUAUUCUGGUUUUUAGCAAUAUCUUCUGGCAUUGCUCUGUUGUUAAUCAUUGCAUUUCUUCCGGAAACGUGCCGACAAAUCGUUGAAGAUGGUUCGAUUAUGCCGCCACCGAGUCAUCGCACCGUUCUUCAAAUAGUCCGCUUGCGUAGGAAGAAUCACAAAGCCGAUAUGACAGCUGACCUGGAGGAAGCUCCCGAAACGGUUCCCGGUGCCAGCGAAAAGAAGUUCAAAUUCGAGCCACCCAAUCUUUUGGAAGCAGUCAUGAUGCUCUUCCGUCGCGCAUCCGGCCUCCUGCUCUGGUCCAGCAGCAUCAUAUUCGCUGGGUUCUACUGCAUCACAGCUGCUAUGCCAGCCAUCUUCCACAAACGAUAUCACAUGAAUGAGACGCAAGUUGGCCUCAUGUAUCUGCCCAUCGCGGGAGGCUCCAUCAUUGCCGCCUUUGCCGUCGGCCGCGGAAUGACCUGGAACUACAAGCGACACUGCGCCAUGACCGGAAUUGAAUUUGAUCGCAGUAGGCAGAUGGAUAUGUCUAAUUUUCCCAUCGAGCGCGCACGUCUGGAGAUUGGUAUACCACUGAUGGUGCUCGCGGGGGCGUGCCUCAUCGGAUGGGGCUGGGCCGUUCACUUCCGCGCUCACAUUGCAGUGCUGUGUGUCAUCAUGGUAUUUCUCGGAAUCGGACUGAUUGGCAUGACCAACGCGACAAAUGUGCUCCUGGUGGACAUGCAUCCGGGAAAGGCGGGCACAGCGACGGCCGCGAAUAACCUCGGGAGGUGCCUAAUUGGUGCUGGCGCCACGGCGGCCAUUAUACCCUUGGAAAGAGCCAUCGGCGUUGGAGAGGCAUUUACAAUUGUAGGAAGCUUGUUUUUUAUUUGCCUUGCACCACUGGCGUUGCUGGCGUUGAAAGGCAUGAAAUGGAGGCAAAUGCAGAACAAGGGCAAAUAG